UAGCUACACCCAAAUCGUGCAUCUUCAUCAUCGGUUCGCUCAGGUUGUCGUCCUCCUCCUGAAACGGCACCGUUCGGAGUCUUCUCGACUGAAGAAACGACACCGUUCGGAGUCUUCGCCAUCCUCACUCACAGACAGUCUUCUCGACUGAAGAAACGACACCGUUCCAAGCAUGGAAGGAAUCGAGGGAGAUAGCUCAGGAGGAGCGAGCAACUACGUGUUGCGACCUUCACGGAUCAUGAACGAAGAUAUUCUCUUCUGCAUUGAUGUCGACCCUGAAUCCCUCGUCGAGAUGAAGGUUUCCGGCCCUAAUGGCAGACCCAUUACUCGUUUGGACUCAAUCAAGCAAGCCAUUCUCCUCUUCAUCAACGCCAAGCUCACCAUCAAUCCCGACCAUCGCUUCGCCUUUGCCACUCUCGGCAAAUCCCCUUCUUGGCUUCGAAAAGAGUUUAGCUGUGACGUUGAGUCUGCAAACGAAGCACUUCGGGGACUCUCAGCUACUCAAGCAACAGGUCAAGCUGAUCUCACCAAUCUGCUCCGUGUAGCAGCACACGAAGCAAAGAGGUCCCGUGCUCAGAAUCGUAUUCUUAGGGUGAUUCUCAUCUACUGCAGAUCAUCCAUACGGCCGCAACACCAAUGGCCUGUAAACCAGAAGUUCUUCACUUUAGAUGUUAUCUACCUUCACGACAAGCCAGGACCCGACAACUGCCCACAAGAUGUCUACGACUCACUCGUGGACGCCUUGGACCAUGUUAGCGAAUAUGAAGGCUACAUUUUCGAGAGCGGCCAGGGGCUGCAGCGUGUCCUCUUCAAGUACAUGUGCACACUGCUGGCACACCCUCAACAGCGCUGCGCACAAGAGUUUGUGGACUUGCCGAAGGCUCUUACAAAGAAGUCGCUUCCAACAGACACAGUGCCGGAAGAUAGUGUACCUGUAUCCGGCGGCCAAUGAGAUGCGAGCUAAGCUAUCAGUUGAGUGGAUUCAUCUAUUUAUGUGCAGCUUUUGCUGUGCCAUUAGAAGUGAAUGUACUCUUGGGUUGGAUAAUCAACCAAGCUGAUAGUGUCUCCUAUCCCAUGCACAUGUAUAUAAGGGAUCUGUUGUUGAGGCUUUGAGUGUGUUGUUAGAUCUGGAUAUUAUUGCUCAUUUUAGUGGUACUUCUAUCCAAGGUUCUGAGACUGUCAUUGUAUUUGCAAGAUGACUUUAUUGGUUGAACUAGGGCUGAACAACAGAACAAGCCUUGUUUUGAACAAGUUCCUACUAUGGCUCUCCUAUUAUUA